AAAAACAUAGUCGGGAAAAGGGAAGUGCAUAGAGUAGCAAUUAGAGAGAGAGGCAAGGUGGUUUACUUCGUUUCUUGGUUUCUUUUUUCUUUGCUUAGAAUUUGGUAGAAUACAUAAUAACUAGAUUAGAUUAGGUUAGGGUUUCUCUCUCUCCUUUUUCUCUCUCUCUGAAUCUCAUCGUAGCCAUGGCUGGCACCGGCAUCCACCCCUAUCACCAGCAAUGGCCCCCCGCGGCUGCCGCUCCUCCCCCUCCGCCACCUCCUGCCGCCGCACCUGCUCCCCCUGCUCCUCCCCACCCCGCUGAAGAGGUUCGAACGAUAUUCAUCACAGGGCUUCCGGAGGACGUGAAGGAGAGGGAGCUACUGAAUCUGAUGCGGUGGCUUCCCGGAUUCGAAGCGUCUCAGCUGAAUUUCAAGGCCGAAAAGCCCAUGGGCUUCGCACUCUUCUCCACCGCCCACCAAGCAAUUGCCGCCAAGGACAUCCUUCAGGACAUGCUCUUCGAUCCCGACACCAAGUCCGUCCUCCACACCGAGAUGGCCAAGAAGAACCUCUUCGUCAAGAGAGGGGCUGAUGCGGGUGCGUUUGACCAGAGUAAGCGAUUGCGGACAGCUGGGGAUUAUACGCACACUGGUUAUACAAGUCCUUCCCCUUUCCAUCCUCCACCACCACCCGUUUGGGGACCACAUGGGUACAUGGCUCCACCGCCGCCUCCUCCAUAUGAUCCAUAUGGAGGCUACCCCGUUGCGCCAGUGCCAAUGCCUACUCCUGCUCCAAUAGCAGCGCCUAGCAGUUAUGUUCCAGUUCAGAACACAAAAGAUAACCCUCCUUGCAACACCCUGUUUAUUGGGAACUUGGGAGAGAACAUUAAUGAGGAAGAAGUGAGGGGACUUUUCAGUGCACAACCUGGUUUUAAGCAAAUGAAGAUUUUAAGACAGGAGAGGCAUACUGUUUGCUUCAUUGAGUUUGAAGAUGUGAAUAGUGCUACCAAUGUACACCAUAAUUUGCAGGGAGCUGUUAUCCCAAGUUCUGGUUCAGUUGGCAUGCGAAUACAAUAUUCAAAGAAUCCAUUUGGAAAGAGAAAAGAUGGCAAUGUACCACUUGCCGUUCCUGGUGCCAACGGAACUCCACCAACAAAUAUGACUUAUCAAUAGCUUGAAGGGGAUGUACUCUGUUCUUUAUGAUCCAAGACAUGUUUCUACAUGAUAGGAUGCAUCUUGCAGCUGUUACAUGCAUCCAUUGAUUAUCAAGUCAUCACCAUUAGCAUCCCUGCUCAUGUGAAUGAAUGCACUGUGGCAUCAUAUACAUACAUUUGGCUGUUAUACUCAUCAGACAUGCAUCUCUUUACAGCAUGUGUUGGUUCCAUAUUAAUUUUCUAGUUGUUUAGAUGACAUUGUCAUUUGUAGAACUGAUGCAUGUGUCUUAAUUUUGUUUGAACUGUGUGCUUUGCUGUCAUAUAUAUUCUAUGUUCAUUGAUGCUAGGAAUGCUUAUCCAAAAAGCAUGAAGCUAACAACUUUCCAACUAUAGGAUCAUUUGUUGCUUAUUUGACAUCAUAUCUUACACUGAUGCUUUAAUUUCAUGGCACAAAUUCUCUAGGAUACGGAGAAAUAAGGUCACACCAAUAGUCAUGCUUCCCCCCCUUAACCUAUCACAUUGUCAUUACACCACAUUUUUAGCCUCUUUAGUUUCAUCUGAAACUGAAUCCAUCAUGGCUAAUCAUGCUUCCUCUUCUGCCAUCAUUACUAUUGUCAUCAAACCUCAUUCAUGGCCUUUUUUAGCAACUGAAUACGUCAUCACUCCAUUUGAUCAGAGCAUUGAUAUUGAUGCUUUGAAAUUCAAGCUAUUGAGAGCUAUUCAAGAAAUUUGGGGAGUUAUAUGUUGUCUGAUUUAUACAGGACUUCAAUAGGACAAGCUUUUAUUUGAUAAUGGGAGGUUCGGUACUGCUGCUGCCAUAUUGUUGCAGGUAAUUUUUUGUUUUCUUGGGAAGACUACCAUCUAGCUUCGAAAUUCUUUUGAUUAUCAAGUGAAGCAGCCAUUGAAUUAUAGGGAACCCAAGUUUCUCAUUAAGCAAUUGAAUAUAUUGUCAAAAUAUAGCAUGGUUCCAGAUUUAAAUUCCUGAGAACUAAUAGAGGUUUAAAUCUAGAUGAUAAUUUACUGGUUGUUCUGACCCUACUAUGAACGAGCUUCAAGUUUUUGCAUGGAAAUGGAAAAUUUCAAAUCCAUUUUAACGAGGGAUCAUACCAGAAGUGCUGAUUAAGUUUUACCAUUUAUUUCUUACUCAGUGAGACACAGUUUACUUAACGGGUAUCUUCAUGAUUCAACUAACAAUUUAGGUUAUUGGACAUUUGCCACUGACAACGUUUCCAGUGCUUUUCAGAACAGAAUGGACCUACCUGGUUUAUAUUUUCUGCAGUCAUACUACAAUAUAUUUGAUGAGGUUGCUUAGAAAGUUGGUUUAUAAAUGACCUAAUUCAUAUUUCAUUUAUUUCCACGUAAUCUAUCAACCUAAUUUUGAAUGGGGAUGAGGUAUUCUCCACUAGGGAUGUGAUACAUCACCUGCUGAAAAUGAUAGGAGUUACGAUGUAAAUUUGGAGUACUUUCCCCUAUUGUAGCACAUUUAACUAUUUAUAAUUGUGGUGAAAUCCACAUUAUUUUACAUCUUA